AUGCCUGGUGUUCCGAAGGACGCUCUUGACAACUUGAAGGCCAAGCUUAAGAAAGUCUUCAGCAAGCCCAAGAAGACUAAGACCGCCGAUAAACCUGCCGAUAAGCCUGCCGACAAGCCCGCAGAGGCACCCAAGGCUGACGCUGCCGCCCCAGCCGCCGCCGAAGCCUCCAAGACUGAGGCUGCCCCGGCCGCAGCUCCCGCCGCCGCCGCCGAAGCUCCUAAGGCUGACGCUCCAGCUGCCGAGGCUGCUGCCCCUGCCCCCGCCGCGCCUGCUAAGGCUGAGGAGGCCCCAAAGACCGAAGCGCCCGCUGCCACUGAGGCCGCUGCCCCUGCUGCUGCCCCAGCCGAGGCCCCAGCCGCCGAAGCUAAGCCCGCUGAGGAGGCCAAGCCCGCCGCGACCGCCUAA